CGUUUCCGUUUCCGGUCUUCAUUUCCUCCGUUCCAGCAGAAAUUCGCCGUCGCGGUGUCGCGGCGCUCAUCUCUAGCUCUACUUCCGCCGCGCCUGCGCGCCGCGGUGCUGCGUCGCGGUGACGGAGCGGCGCGGCGCGGAGCGUCUCCUCCGCAGUGGACCUCCUGUCUCCGGGCUCCGCUCACCUGACGCGCACGGUUACAUCUCCUCUCGGCUCCUGGAGCUCCGCAGCAGGAGGCGUGUUAGCGGCCGACGGGCUGCGGCACCAACUGGACUCUGAUUAAGCCGGGCUGCUGGUCCGGUUCGGUUCUGGCUCGGUGCAGCCAACGACCAUCCGCAGCGGGACCAGGGCGCAUUCAGAACCGAACCGCAGUGGCAGAAGACGCAGUUUACAGGAAGCGGGAUCAUCACGGGUCCUGGAUCGGUUCUGAGGGGAGAUCUGGGCUGCAGGUACAUCAUUGCAGGAUGGACUCACCAGGAUUCAGAACCGAGCCAAGGGGACCGAACCGACCAGUCUAGAACCGACACAGAGCCAGCGCAUGUUGCGGACCUCCGGGGAGCUCGGCUGCAGGUAGAGCCACCCGGAACCAUGGGCACCCAGGGCCCCGGCCGGAAGAGGAUCCCGAACCGGGACCGCCUGGCUGCGGAGGAGGACGCGAUGAGCCAGAUAGCGCGAGAGGCCGAGGCCAGGCUGGCAGCAAAGCGAGCGGCCAGAGCCGAGGCCCGGGAGAUCCGCAUGAAGGAGCUGGAGAGACAACAGAAGGAGCUGUUCCACAGCACCAAGAAGUAUUAUGGUCUGGAGAAUAAGUGGGGUCAGAUCGAGCAGUGGAUGGAGGACAGUGAGCGCUACUCUCGCCUUUCUCGGAGGCACACCUCGAUCUCCGAUGACGAGGAGAGGAUGUCUGUUGGCAGCCGUGGCAGCUACAGGCCUUCCGACUACGGCGGGCUGCUGGGCUCCAGCUCUCGGGCCUCCUCCAGGGCCAGCUCAGCUCGUGCCAGCCCUGUGGUGGAGGAGAGGACCGACCGGGAGUUCAUCGAUAAGGGCUCCAGGACGGCGUCCACGCUGUCCGCCGCCACGCUGGCCUCGCUGGGCGGAGCCUCGUCACGCAGAGGAAGCUGUGACACGUCGUUCUCCGUGGAGACGGAGGCAUCGAUCAGAGAGAUGAAGGACUCCCUGGCGGAGGCGGAGGAGAAGUACCGCAGAGCGAUGGUGUCCAACGCUCAGCUGCACAACGACAAGACGACGCUGAUGUUCCAGGUGGAGAACCUGAGGGAGGAGCUCAGCGACAUGGAGGAGCUGCUGUGGGAGGCCCGGCGCCGCGGCGAGGACUCCAGCAAGGAGCUGGAGCGCGAGCGUCAGGCCCACAGCGUCCUGAAGGUCCAGUUCAAGGAGAUGGAAGAGAGCCUGAGACGAAGCAACGAGCUGCUGACGGAAGUCUCUGACCUGCGUCUGAAGAGCGGCAGCUACCGUCAGGAGGUCUCUGACCUGCAGGAAACUCUGCAGUGGAAAGAGAAGAAGAUUGCGGCAUUAGAGCGCCACAGAGAAACCUCCGACAUUGUUCGGAUCGAACGUGACCGGCUGCGUGCCGAGGUGGUCCGGCUGCGAGACUCCCUCAAGGACCACGGCGUGCUAGUCUCUCCUGACACCUCCACCAACGGCGAUGCAGAGCAAGCUGAGGAUGAAUGCGCCUCCCGACUGGCCGAGGACUCGUCUCAGAGCGGCAGAGAGAGCAUGCUGGGGAAAGCUUCAGAGCGGCAGCCAGCAGAGGACAACAGAACCCCUCAAAACGACCCCAAAGACAACAACAUGAUCUCUGGGAGUGACCAGGCCAGACCGUCCAGAGAGAGACGGAACCCGGCCGAAAGAAGGCGAAACCGGCAACCGCGGAGCAAAGGAGCUGAUCCCACCAAGAACCUUCCCUUUAAAGGGGAUGGAAACAGAGCUAAUAAAAAACAGCCCAGCAGAGACGGGCGUGGAGAGCCAGAUCACAGGCCUGAGCAGGCCUUCAGAGAUACCACCACGGCGGGUAACCCUGGAUCUGUUGGGGUCAUGGACCUGAACAACUUAGGAAGAAUGAGGGAAUCCACCAGAAAGACCGUAUCUGUCCUGGACCAAUCAUCUGGAAAGGUCCUCAGAUCCAGACUUGUUCCACCUCGACCUGCUAAAGAGAUGAUCCUGGACAAUCGAUUGGUGGUGCUGGGUCUUUCACCGUCUGGAAAACUGAAGUCUCUGUCUGAAGAGACGAUAAACCAGGAUGUCCCUUCCACACUGGAAAGCAAAGCUUCUUCCUCUGAAACAGACGUAGAACAAAAAGACUUGUGUUCCUUAGAUGUGGGUCCCCAGAGUCCAGAUGAAGAUGCUCCAGGUUUCAGUGAAGUUGGUCCCAGAGAGUCGAUGGUUGAGACGGAAAGGUUGAGUCCAGAAAGGUCCGCCAACAGGACUGAAGCCAAACUGGAGACUCAAGCAGCUGCUACGUCUUCUCCUGAAUCUUUGGGAAGACCCGAGCAAUGUCAGAAGCAAAGCCCUGGAGACCCACUCCUAGGAGCUACUCAGACCCCCACAGCUUGCCCUGAGCACCCACAGAGAACAUCACCCUUUGUUCCAGAGGACACGUGGACCAGUUUGGAGAACACUGUCCAAGAUCUGCUCCAAGGGUUGGAGGACACACCAGGGUUUGUGGUUGAAAUCUCCAGAAUCUUCUCAGAAAUCCUCAUCUGUCUCCAUCAGUGGAUCUCAGACUUGGAGAACACGCUUAGGAACGGCCCAGGAAAUGAGUCCUGUCAGAAUGAAGGAGGAGGACAUGCGUUAAUAAGGCCAGUGGUGGGUUCCAGACCCUCCAUGAAGACAUGGCUGCAUCUGGCAAGCCUAGCCAGAGAACCAGCAGAGCGUCCUGGAUGUGUGGGAGGAGAUUCUGCCUCACACAGAGUGGGUUCAGCCUCAGAGAGGAUGGAGAACCAGUCUGGUUCCUCAAACAGAGCUAGCUCCACUCCUCACCACCAUACCGCCAGCACCGACAGAGGGACCUGGUCCAGACACAGACACCUGCAGAUGGACGCUGAGUCUGGAGCCAGUCCUGCUGGAUGCUGCUUCCACCCACCUGCUUCUCCUGUGAACAACUCCUCUGCAGACUUUGUCUUUGUUGACUCGUACUUUGCAGAACCGCAGUCCAGGUCUGAGCUCAGUUUGGGGAAGACGUCCGAUAGUCAAAGCCAUCUUCAGCUUCCUGCCUCAGAAUCAAAGGAGCUGAGAGGGAACCGCGUGGCGGCACACUCUGCAGCUGGACAAAGUUCCUCUGUCAGGAGAUUCAUGGAAGUGACCGCUGAAGAGAUCCGAGCCUUGGCCGUUCCUGAACUGGCUCUGCUGGGCCUCCAGGAGGGACGACGGCUGGAGGGCUCCAGUGUGGGUUCAGUGGAGGAGCUGUCGGUGGAAGACAUGGACAGCUGUGAGGAGGCUGACGAGGAGGAAGAGGAGAUCAGAGCGCCUCCACCACAGCAGCAGGACCGGUCCAGGACGGAGGCGGAGGUUCACGCCGUUGUUCCACCACUGGGCAGUGCAGAACCAGAGCCGGACCACGAAGAACCCAGUCUGGACAGCAGGAAACACGAUAACACCGACUGCAAGAUUUCAUGAAGUCAGCAUCUUCUUCUGCUGCUGCUCCUCGACCCUGAGUAGCAGCGGUGGGACUACAAGCCUUUUGAUUCAGCGCAUCAUCGUUCUCACCAAGCUUAGAAACGGGCCGGUAGGCUCCACCUUACUGGGUUUCAGUACCUGUGAGCAUGCUAACAACGUUCCAGAUGUCCAUCCACCGAUUAGGCCCCUGUUCUCCACAGCAGCACCGUGGUUAACAGCUCCUGCUGCUUCUAGCUGUGGUCUGGAUGCUGUCGGUGGGGCAGACCCUGUCAGGAUACCCUGUCCUGUCCGGUUUUAACUCUUGGUGUCGACCAUUUUACCAAAACAGCGUGCAUUUGUCAAGCGUUACGUCGAUGGGGCUUGUUAUAAAAUACGAUUUAUGAAGAUUCUGAAAUGUUCCCAGUUUGAGGAACACUGCUAAACGCUGCUAACUGAUGCUAAACGCUGCUAACUGCUGCUAACUGCUGGUAAAUGCUGCUAAACGCUGCUAAACGUCGCUAACUCGAGCCCACAUGAACGAUUUAACAGGAGAAUCAAUGAUUCUAUGGCUCAGUUUGAGGAAUGCUGCUAAACGCUGCUAACUGAUGCUAAACGCUGCUAAACGUCGCUAAACGCUGCUAACUGCUGCUAAAUGCUGCUAAACGCCGCUAACUGCUGCUAAACGCUGCUAAACACCACUAACUCGAGCCCACAUGAACGAUUUAACAGAAGAGUCAAUGAUUUUACGGCUCAGUUUGAGGAACGCUGCUAAACGUUGCUAAACGCUGCAAAACACUGCAAAACGCUGCUAAAUGCUGCUAACUGCUGUAAAACGGUGCUAAACGCCGCUAACUUGAGCCCACAUGAACGAUUUAACAGGAGAGUCAAUGAUUUUACGGCUCAGUUUGAGGAACGCUGCUAAACGCUGCUAAACGCCGCUAACUGCUGCUAAACCCUGCUAAAUGCUGCUAAACGCUGCUAAACGCUGCUAAACGUCGCUAACUCGAGCCCACAUGAACGAUUUAACAGGAGAGUCAAUGAUUUUACGGCUCAGUUUGAGGAACGCUGCUAAACGCUGCUAAACGCCGCUAACUGCUGCUAAACCCUGCUAAACGCUGCUAAACGCCGC